AUGAUGGCCAGCUACCCCGAGCCCGAGGACGCCGCGGGGGCCCUGCUGGCCCCGGAGACCGGCCGCACCGCCAAGGAGCCCGAGGCGCCGCCGCCGCUGAGCCCAGGAAAGGGCGGCGGCGGCGGCGCCAGCACAGCCCCGGAGAAGCCCGACCCGGCGCAGAAGCCCCCAUACUCGUACGUGGCGCUCAUCGCCAUGGCGAUCCGCGAGAGCGCGGAGAAGAGGCUCACGCUGUCCGGCAUCUACCAGUAUAUUAUCGCCAAGUUUCCGUUCUACGAGAAGAACAAGAAGGGCUGGCAGAAUAGCAUUCGCCACAACCUCAGCCUCAACGAGUGCUUCAUCAAGGUGCCGCGGGAGGGCGGCGGCGAGCGCAAGGGCAACUACUGGACGCUGGACCCGGCCUGCGAGGACAUGUUCGAGAAGGGCAACUACCGGCGUCGCCGCCGCAUGAAGCGGCCUUUCCGGCCGCCACCGGCGCACUUCCAACCCGGCAAGGGACUCUUUGGGGCCGGAGGUGCCGCGGGCGGCUGCGGCGUGGCGGGUGCGGGGGCCGACGGCUAUGGCUACCUGGCGCCCCCCAAGUACCUGCAGUCCGGCUUCCUCAACAACUCGUGGCCACUACCGCAGCCGCCCUCACCCAUGCCCUACGCCUCCUGCCAGAUGGCGGCGGCCGCAGCGGCCGCAGCAGCGGCGGCGGCCGCGGGCCCCGGCAGCCCCGGCGCGGCUGCGGUGGUCAAGGGGCUGGCUGGCCCCGCCGCCUCGUACGGGCCAUACUCACGCGUGCAGAGCAUGGCGCUGCCUCCGGGUGUAGUGAACUCAUACAACGGCUUGGGAGGCCCGCCCGCCGCGCCCCCGCCGCCGCCGCACCCCCACUCACACCCGCACGCACACCAUCUGCACGCCGCCGCUGCACCCCCGCCGGCGCCGCCACACCACGGGGCUGCCGCACCACCUCCGGGCCAGCUCAGCCCCGCCAGCCCGGCUACCGCCGCGCCCCCGGCGCCCGCGCCCACCAACGCGCCCGGCCUGCAGUUCGCCUGCGCCAGGCAGCCCGAGCUCGCCAUGAUGCAUUGCUCUUACUGGGACCACGACAGCAAGACCGGCGCGUUGCACUCGCGCCUCGAUCUCUGA